ACUAAUAUUUUGAUCUCAAUGGCGGCUAAGUAUUUAGCAAAGAGAGUAACCAUAAACAUACACAGGACUGCUCCCUCUUCUGCUAAUAGAGGAAUCAUUACCAUCACUAGCCCUAGAUAUUUCUCAUCCAAUGGAAAGGAUGGAGGAGAGGAGUCAAAGCAACAGGGAAUGGGGACAACUACAGACGGUAAGGCGCCGAAUGUGACGAUGAAUCAUGCGGCUGACACAUCCAAAGAUGGGCUGAAACGAGCAGUAGAUGUAGCAAACGAGGAGAGUGGAGAUGCUAGCAAGCGGAAGAGUGGAGAGAAUGAUGAAGGAAGUGAAGAGGAUGUAUCUGUGGGUGAUGAUGGAACUGUUGAAGGCCAAAACCAUUCAUCAGGAUGAGAAUAGUUACCACAUAGAUAAAUUUUAUGACGUAUAUCAAACUUAUGUAGAAACCAUGAAGAAAGCAAAGUUGUAGUUAGUGACAAACUGUACCUGUGCUGGGGUAUAUUCUCUCACCAGUCAUAUAGAGUAUAACUUGUUUAAUCUUUA